AUGUCUCCUAAAAACUCGGAUAUCCAAGUGGGAGAUAUCGACAAGGCUGGAAUCGACAAUGUCGAAGUAGUCGCCAAUUCUGACAGACCCAACCCUCAGAAGGAAGCACCGGCCUACGUUGCGAACUUGACGCCCGAAGAACGCGCGAAAGCUGAGAAAGCCCUCGUUCGCAAGAUAGACAUACGUCUACUACCUAUGAUAAUUAUCAUGUACAUCCUUAAUUACCUUGAUAGAAACAAUAUCGCCUCGGCUCGGCUAGCAGGCCUCGAGGAAGACCUAGGUCUUGUGGGCAACCAGUUCGCGACCUGUGUCAGCAUCUUGUUCGUCGGUUAUCUGUUGAUGCAGAUCCCAUCCAACCUAAUGCUAAACAAAUUCGGCAAGCCAGCCAUUUAUCUCCCUGUGGCUAUGGUCCUUUGGGGUGUCAUUUCCACCGCUACGGCCGCUGCUCAAAGCUACGCCGGUCUCGUGGUUAUCCGCUUUUUCCUGGGGUUCGUCGAAGCUGCCUACUUUCCAGGCUGCUUGUACUUCCUGAGUGUUUGGUACACUCGCAAGGAGCUGGGCUUCCGCACCGCAGCACUGUACUCUGGGUCCUUGCUCUCGGGUGCUUUCUCCGGUCUGAUCGCAGCAGGCAUUACUAGCAACAUGGACAACGUGCUAGGAAUGCGCGCCUGGCGAUGGCUGUUCAUCAUCGAGGGUGCCGUCACUAUUGCAAUUGCAUUUAUCGCACUUUUCAUUCUUCCCAAUUUCCCGCGCACAACUAGCUGGCUUUCAGAGGAAGAGAAACAACUAGCCGCGUGGCGUUUAGAAGAAGAUAUCGGCGAAGACGACUGGGUCGACAGCGAACAACAGACCUUCUUGCACGGCGCCAAGCUCGCCGUCUCAGACGUCAAGACCUGGAUUUUGAUGCUUAUGAUCCUCUGCAUUGUUUCUUCUGCCUCAGUCACCAACUUCUUCCCGACAGUCGUCAAAACACUCGAAUUCGGCAACAUCGAGACUCUCCUACUGACAGCCCCACCCUACUGCCUGGCCGUUAUCUGCGCCUUUGCCAACGCAUGGCAUGCAGACCGUACGGGGGAACGGUACUUCCAUGUCACCGCACCACUCUAUAUCUCUGUCGUGGCCUUCAUCAUUGCGGCUACGACCACAACCACUGCACCACGCUAUGUGGCCAUGAUGCUCAUGGUGCCCUCUUUCUACUCCGGCUACGUUGUUGCUCUCGGUUGGAUCUCAAAUACCCUGCCUCGUCCAGCGGCGAAGCGUGCUGCUGCUCUAGCGGCUAUUAAUUGUGUGAGCAAUGCCAGCAGUAUCUAUGCUAGCUAUAUGUAUCCGAACUCUCACGCUCCAAGAUUUGUUCCUGCUAUGGCCGUCAACUGCGCAACAGCUUUCAUCGCUAUUGUAUCUGCUACUGUGCUCCGCUUCAUGCUCGUACGUCUUAAUAAGAAGCUUGAUCGUGGUGAGGAGGUUGAGGGUGCUGUCCCUGGCGAAGGAAGCCGCCGUGGUUUCCGUUUCUUGGUCUAA